AACUCCUCAAUUUCGUACAAUAAUGUCUACAACUUGCGUAACAUUCUCCAAUUCCGGUCCUUCGUUUUACUGUUGUCUGUCGGUGACAUCUCGGAGAAAACAGCAAGAUCAUCAUCACGUGCUAUGCAAAGUACACAACAAGGAAAUCUGCUGCCCGUGUUGGCUCGCUUGGAUGCAUGAGGCUCAUCGAUGCUUGACGGUGCAUUCCUAACUUACGUGUUGUGUCCGGAAUAAUCUCAUCAUUACUCGCUGCAAAGUACGCCUCCACUUUGUCCACGUAACCCCUCGUUGGCCAACGAAACGCACCUUUGAGUGAAAUCACUGUCUCACGACAUACGUGGUGACAUCGGGCAGGCGAGCAAACGGCAACAGGCAAUUCGGUAUGUGUAGUAUAUAAUUUAAAAAAUAUAUUACUUUUUACUCCAUGCAUUGGCUCCACAUAAAAUAUCUGACGUUUGACAGAGGCAAAAUUAGGUGUCUGGAGUGAGCCGAACGUUUUUUUAUUUUUUUCUUUAAACAAAUAUGAGGAGAAAGUAGAAGGUAAAAAAAGAAGGCUGAGUUGUAUAAAAGUCCUAGACCGAGGAGAAACGAUCCACAGCAAAUUACCAACUGGUGCUUUUUCUUUUCCAGCACCGGAAAAGCAUGGACAUGGGCCGCUUGGUCCCGCCAUCCCGGCUUCUGUCCGGAUCAUCGCAGCUGCUGCUGCUGAUGCUGAUGCUCGGCACGGUUGCAAGAGUUGCAAAUGGUUGUCAGAUAUCAGGAGUGCAGGUGAGUGCCAGAAGUGAAACAACGAUCACAGUCACGUGGACGGAGGUCGGCGUGGACGCCACCAGCUACGUCUUACAAUUGUAUGAUCGGUCGACAUUCACAAACUCCCCCUUCACCAUCUAUGGGAGUGCCUCCAACUUCACAUUCACGGGGCUGGUGCCUAACAGAUACUACAGCAUUUACAUAACUGUCAACUGCAUUGGCACAAGAUACGUCUCUUCCACCGUGUACGACAGCACAUUGCCACCCAAAGUCAAUGUGACAAUUACUAGCAAGACAAUGACAAGCAUGAGCUUCUCGUGGGAGGUUUCUUCCUCCAAUUUGUACUACAAUGCUCGCUUGAAAGACAAUAACAACAUAAACCAGUCCUCGUAUGUGCUGUCCACGGGUAGCGUCACAUACACCAAUCUGAUUCCUGACACAAACUACUACGCAUAUGUGGAGACGAGAAAUUUGUAUUGCUCCCAAGGAUCUGAUGUGGUCAUGGAUAGAACUUGUAAGUAUUUUCAAAUCUGCAAUUCAAUGUCAUUCCAAUGUCAUGAGCAAGGGCUUGAGGACGUGUAACAAUAAUUUCUGUUUACAUGAACGUAUUGGCUGUACACUGGCGGUGCACGGUAUAUAAAAACACGUUUUUGCGCAAUCAUUAUUUAUUUUCUCGCGAUUUGCAAACCGCCAGUCGUGGUGGUGUGUCAAAAUCAGUUCUCGCGAUGCCAAAGCGGUGGGAAGACGGAACGUUAAGUGAGCAGGGCUGAACACGAAGCUUUGCAGUCUGUUGCCAUAUAGCAGCGCCCAGCCUGAUGACAGUCGACUGCUCCGUGCUCCAAAAAGGCAAGACUGGACUCCUUGUGUCCUUAGAGACUUGGUCGGCCGGUUUCUCGAUUAAUUUUCGGAAUAAUUUAUUUGGCGGACGGUGGCAUCAAAAGAUUACGACUCGUGGUGUCACCACCGAACGUUUGAAUGGGGGACGCGGCUGCUGAAUCUGCGUGCAACUUCUGAUGGAGAGUCCUGCAGCUCACUCAAGGGGCAACAGCGGUAUCGUCAGGACAUUGACGAAUCAGAAUAGGUUUUAUCCUUUAUGGCAAUAAGACAGGAGAUGUUAAGCUGUUCAAAUACCAUAUUGAUUAUACCUUUUGCAAGGAAUCAAGUCUGCAUUACGCACACGUACUUGUGGCGAACAUGCAAACAGACAAGCCCUGACAAUAAUGACAUUGUCAGGACUGUUGCAUGAGGACCGGUGCAUUAUGCUGCAACUGGUGUACCGCCAAUACGUCCAAAUGUAUAUAAACAUAAAUGUUUACUUAUAUAUUAACACGACGUGGUACAGGACGUGCUUCCUCUUCCUCCUCAGUCUUUGUAUUGGCAUAUUUUGCGUGCAAAGCAUCAUUUCACUCCAUUCUCUUUUUCACUCGCCAUCUCUUUCUCCAUAUUAGUUGGGUCUUUCGGUAAAGUCACGUCGAUAAGUUCAAUAAAAAUAGCAAAAAAAUUGCGAAAAACUCCGACGUUUCGAUCGCAACACAACCGGUCGUCAUCAGAUGACAUCAGGUGACGACCGCUUGUGUAGCGAUUGAAACGUCGUAGUUUUUUUCGUUGCUUUUUGUUAUCUUCUUUG